GUCAAUACACUCGCGAUGCAAGCUCGUGGAUCUGUCAUAGGGGAGGAAUGGGAGUCAAUACAAGCCCGCCACUUCCAGGGCCAGAGAGAAUGCUUCGCGAAAUAUGCCCAGGCUCUCUCGGCAUUUGGCGAUUUCCGUCCUCCCAGCGUCGACCCAUCUUGCAGCAUCGGGGCAUCGCGACAGGACGGUGUCGAUACCGGGAGAACCUGCGCUUGGAGCACCAACGGAAUGCCGGGUUCAUCUCUGAUCAGCUCGAGCAACAGCCGUAGGUCCGAUAGAUCGCGCGUAACCGCCGCGAGAUCGGCGUGGGCCACGCGGACGGAGCGGAUAAAGCGUGUGAUAAUGGCCGAUGUCGACGAAAUGCCGGAGAGGAGAUACUCAACUGGCUGGGCGAUUGUGUUCAUCCUGGAUGGCUCCAUGGUCCGUCGAGAGUGUCCUUGUUGA